AUGUCAUUUUUUAUAGGAGGUAGUUCACAAUACUCCCAAGCAGCAGUUGAUCCUGAAAAGAUUAAACUUGCAGAAAUUCAAUUUACGGCAAUGUCGACUACGUUUGGCAAGGUGUUGGAUACUUGUCGGAAUAAAUGUAUUCCUGCUGAAUACGGAGAAAGUGAAUUAAACACCGGCGAACAGUGUUGUGUUGAUAGAUGUGUUGCCAAAUAUGUCAAGGCAAAUGCCUUUAUUGGUACCAAUAUAGAGACAAAAGGGUUUAAUCCAAAUUAUAGUAUGCCAGAAUACCAAAAAGUCAAUAGUAUGUUGGCUGAGGCAGAACGAAAACAGAAAUGA